UUCUUUAGCUUUUUGCGUGAGCGGGGGAUUCGGGCUCCACGCAACGUCUGGCAACGACGUGCAGCCGCGGGGAAUGUUAAUGAGGGUGAAAUCGCAGGUCGUUUGGCAGAGAGCACUGAGGGGGAUACUGCCGCUGGAACAGGUGGUAGUGAAGGAGGUUACCAAGGUCAACUGGGUGGAGAAGCAACUGUCCCUGUACAUGGUUCAAGUCAUGCAUCCCCUAACGCAAAUGUGGGCUUGGAGACCACGUUAAUGCAAGUAGAGCUCGGGGUAAAUUUGACCACAGAAAUGGAGCAAGCCAUGGAAAAUAUUGUAGCAAAUGGGCCUGGCGCAAAAAAGCGAUCAAAGACAAAAUUGACUGGACAGGAGAAAGACGACUGCCACCUUGCCGCAUCGUCGAAGCGAAAGAGGGCGAAGAAAAGCUUCGAUUCUGACGAUGAUCAGGACUCUCAAGAAGGAGAAUGCACGAAGCACAUUGCCUCAAGAUCCAAUCAUUCAAAGCGACGCGGAAAACCGCCACAAAAGGGCAAUGCGGGCGGCAAUGGUUCCAUAAGCUUUUGCGAUCGAUGCCAGAGAAGGUACCUGGUGGAGGAUGAUGCUCAAGCUCUAUGUCCCGCAUGCCUGUCAAUCCAGACAAAUCGCUCUGGGGCAGAAGUACUCCGAAAGGGCCGCAAGAAAAGAGGAAAAGUGAUUCCCGAAGGUUCAGAUGAAGGAGGACCCGUGAAGUCGUUGAGAAACUUGUGCAUCAAGCUUAUCGCGGAUUAUAUUGAUCAAGUGGAGGAGUUUGGAGAUAUCUCGGAAGCAACCAAACUCCAAAUAGCCAAGAUUAUUGGGCGGUAUCGACAGUUGAAUAGUACAAAUGUUCGUUUGUUUAUCGGGCCAGGCGAGGACCGACUAAAUCUUUCCGAGUGCACUUACUUGGACGAGAAGGCACUCUCUGAGGUCGCAUACAUGUCGCCUAACGUGCAUCAACUAUACCUUGGUAACUGUGGCCGCAUAACAGAUAACGUGCUGAAAAUAAUUGGCGAAAACUGCACCAGCCUUGCGUCGCUCUCAUUAAGCGGUCCCUUUCUCCCCUCGAGUUCUGGCUUUAUUACACUUUUUCAAGGGUUGGGCGAGAAGCUCAAAGAGUUGAGUUUACAGCACGCGGCAAAAUUGGACAAGGCGGCAGUUGAGGUUCUGGUGCAGCGCUGUCCGAAUUUAACUUUGCUGCGAUUUGAUCAGUGUCUCAAACUGGGCGAUGAGGGAAUACGGCUGAUUGCGGACCUGAAGCACUUGGACUUUUUGGAGUUGAGUCGCUUAGGGGAAAAGGUGUCGGAGGAAUCAUUGAUACAUGUAAUUCGGACAGUCGGUGCACAAUUGCGAGUCUUGUCACUGAAUGGACAUUCUCACUUGACCGACAAAGUACUCAACGAAGCGAUCGUGCCCACUUGUGAGAGACUGCAAGAGAUAUCAAUGGAGGAGAGCGAGGGGCUGACAUCUGCAGGAAUGGUAGAUUUCUUUGGAAAGCUGAAAGCACCAUCAGGCCUUUCAGUUGUGAGUCUAUCUCGGAACGUACACAUGAACGACGAUGUGAUUGUGGCGAUUGUCAACCAUUUCGGGACAUCUUUGCAACAAUUGAACCUGAACGGUUUGGACGAGCUCACAGACUACUCUCUUGGAGCAGUUGCUACUGGGUGCCCAAACUUGACUGAGUUGGAUGUCUCCUGGAUAAGAAAUGUCAACGACUCAAUUCUGGAGAAGUUACUGGCCAAUAGCCGUUCACUGAGCAAGGUCAAGGUAUACGGCUGUAACAAGCUGAGCGAAUUUAUUAUUAAUCGGAGGUGGAUAAAUAAGUAUGAACAGGAUAUACGGUUCGUUGGCAAUGAGUAUAUUUAGCACUCCCGAUUUACAAAUGUAUAUAUUGAAUUGCUAUGAUAGUUUUCUUAUGUUGUUUUUGCAUAAUUUUUGAAACUAUGUAGAAGGAAGUUACUUGUCCGUAGUCAAUAACCAUUUGCCUUUUACAUGCUGAACUUUCCC